CUCGCGAGAACUCUCUCCCCUGCUUGUGUCGGCGAUGCGAUGCUGAUGCUGUUGCUGUGAAUUUGAUUGACGCGAACAUGUCGGUGUGAUGGGAGAGCGCCGGGAUGCAGCUGAUGAUGGUCCAGAAGGGGAAUACGUGCAGUCAAAUCAGACGUUAUCGUUAAGAAAUAACACCUAACGUUCUCCUUUUUCAUCUAUAACAAAGAUAUCUGAAUUUGUGUUGCAUUUCACACGCGCGUAAUGGAUCUAGCUGAUGCGACCGCAGCGAGGAUCUGAUUUGUAUUUUUUCCUUCCUUCCUUCCAUCCUUCAAUUUCUGUGUAUUAUGGUAGAGUCAAGCCGGAGCAUCAAACAUAAACUGUGCAACCCUGAUGACAAGACCGUCAGGAUAUCAGAAUAUCAACAAUGGAAUCGCCUUACACGUAGAGUCUAGUUUUUCAUGAUCGCACACACACACACACACACACACACACACACCAUUAUUAGUGCUUUCACGAACGCACUAUCCAAGUGUUGUCUAAUCUGAUUGAGCGAAAAAAGUAGCCUGCACUUAAGAGACGGACCACUGCUCCCAAAUUAUGGACGAGGAGAAUAUGACAAAAAGCGACGAGCAUCAUCUGAGUUUGCAAAAAGCCUUGCAGCAGUGCGAACUGGUGCAAAACAUGAUAGACAUUAGUAUCUCCAGCUUGGAAGGUCUGAGGACCAAAUGUGCCACAUCCAACGACUUGACACAAAAAGAAAUCCGAACGCUGGAGGGUAAACUGGUGAAGUAUUUUAGUCGGCAGCUCUCUUACAAGCGUAAAGUGUCCUUACAGGAGCAGAAUGUGGAGUUGGAUGGAUUCCCUCGGCUGGGACACUGGUUCCGCAUUGUUAACAUGAGGAAGGAGGUUAUUGAGGAGAUCUCUCCAGGUGAGCUGACUCUGGAGGCUCUGUUGGAGAUGUCGGAUGAGCAGGUGUGUGAGGCGCUGCAGAAGUUUGGAGCGAGUGAUGAAGAAUGUGCUCGGCUCAAUGCCUCGCUCACAUGUCUACGAUCAGCCCACAAAUCAGAACAACUUGAGGAUGACAAAUUACACAGUAAUGGAGGAUCCAAGCAGGACUGGUCUAUUCAAUGGCCCACGUCCGAGUCGGGUAAAGAGAACACCCCAGUGGGGCCAUCAGAUCCCAGUCAGUGGGUCCGUCUCCAGCUCUCCCAGAGCCCCAAAUUGCACUCACGUUACAGCCAGCACUUGUGCCAGAGUCCCCAGGCCCUGGCGCCCCCCUUCUAUUCCCCUCACCCGCAUUCAGACCGGCUGACCGUGGACUCUCACUUCGGCCUCUUCCCCUCGCCUCUGGAUAUGGGACAUCACUCUCUCCCUCCUUCCCCCAGACAGAGGCAUUUUGCCCACACCCCUCCUCGGACUCCCUUAGUAGUGAACACCAUGACCCCUCCAGGGACGCCACAGGUCAGGCGCAGGAAUAAACUGAAGGCCCCUGGAACCCCGCCGCCUGCCAGCCGGAAGCUCAUCCACCUUCUGCCAGGGUUCACGGCUCUGCACCGCAGCAAAUCCCAUGAGUUCCAGCUGGGGAACAGAAUAGAUGACGCACAGACACCCAAAGCAAAAAAGAAGAACAAGCCGCUGAACUUGAAGAUCCACAGCAGUGUGGCUGGGAGCUGUGAAAACCUGCCAACCCAGCGCUCUCCUCUCCACUCCGAUCACUCACUCCGCUCCUUCUUUUUCCCCAAUUUUGUCCCUUCGACACCACCGGUGCACUCUGAGACCCCCUCAGCAAAUACUCUGUCUGUUCCUCGCUGGUCUCCUCAAAUACCUCGCAGAGACCUCGGCAACUCCAUAAAACACAGGUUUUCCACAAAGUAUUGGAUGUCACAGACAUGUAUCGUGUGCGGGAAAGGAAUGCUGUUCGGCUUAAAAUGCAAACACUGCAAAUUGAAGUGCCACAACAAAUGCACCAAAGAAGCUCCACCCUGUCAUUUACUCAUAUACCACAGAGGAGGUAGGGACCCAUCCAGAGAUCAAGUAACAUCUCAAGCUCGUCAGCUCGUCAGGACCGAGUCGGUACCAUGUGACAUAAACAACCCCCUCAGGUACUCCGACCUCCACAUUAGCCAGACUCUCCCCAAGACCAACAAAAUCAACAAGGACCACAUCCCUGUGCCAUAUCAGCCCGACUCCAGCAGUAACCCCUUCACAGACUUUUCAACAAAUAAUAGACUGCUUAAUGCUCUUGUGGACGCCAGAGAUUUUUUAUUUAGAUUGAAUUCUGUCUGCUUCUCUCCUGUGCUUUUCUCAGCAUCUCAUUUCUACAAAUGCAAGCAGCAGUUCAUCUUCCCUGAUGUGGCCCCUGAGGUUCCCACCAGGGCCCCUCAAGUCAUUCUACACCCUGUUCUGUCUGAACCUGGUACCAAAGGGAGUCCCUUGCUACAAAUUGAGGUUGAGCCAACAUCUGAUAACGAGGAAGGCAAUGAUGAGGCAGAGGGUUCAGCGGAUGAGUUCGAGGAGAUGAAUCUCUCCCUCCUGUCUGCGCGGAACUUCCCACGCAAGGCCAGCCAGACCAGCAUCUUCCUGCAGGAGUGGGACAUUCCCAUGGAGCAGCUGGAGAUGGGAGAGCUGAUCGGGAAAGGCCGCUUUGGACAGGUCUACCACGGACGCUGGCACGGAGAAGUGGCAAUACGGCUAAUUGACAUUGAAAGAGACAAUGAAGAACAGCUGAAAGCGUUUAAAAGGGAGGUGAUGGCGUACAGGAACACACGGCAUGAGAACGUGGUCCUGUUCAUGGGAGCGUGUAUGAGACCCCCUCAUCUGGCCAUCAUCACCAGUUUGUGUAAGGGCAGGACCCUCUACUCAGUGAUUCGAGAUGCAAAAGUCGUUCUCGACGUGAACAAGACUAGACAAAUCGCACAAGAGAUGGUGAAGGGCAUGGGCUACCUACAUGCCAAAGGGAUCCUUCACAAAGAUAUGAAAUCCAAGAAUGUAUUUUAUGACAAUGGGAAAGUGGUCAUCACCGACUUUGGCCUGUUCACAAUAUCUGGUGUUCUACAAGCAGGCAGUAGGAGAAAGGAUAAGCUGCGGAUCCCAAGCGGCUGGAUGUGUCAUCUCGCUCCUGAGCUCAUCCGUCAGCUCUCCCCCGAGACUGCAGAAAACCAGCUUCCUUUCUCCAAACAGUCUGAUGUCUUUGCCUUUGGCACUAUCUGGUAUGAGCUCCAUGCACGCGAGUGGCCCUUUAAGAAUCAGCCAGCUGAAGUCAUCAUCUGGCAGGUGGGAAGUGGAAUGAAGCCCAACCUCACUCAGAUCGGCAUGGGCAAAGAGAUAUCCGACAUCCUGCUGUUCUGUUGGGCGUAUGAACAGGAAGAGAGGCCCAGCUUCUCCAAGCUCGUGGAACUACUGGAGAAACUCCCGAAACGCAACCGCCGCCUGUCUCACCCAGUACACUUCUGGAAAUCAGCUGAGUAUGUGAAAUGAGCUAAGCUAAACUCAAAAACACCGGCUUGUAUAUAAAAAAAAAAGCGAACCAAUCAUGAGGUAACAUUAAAAUUGAGUCAUGCAGCGUGACUGAGAGAGUCGCUACUGGAUGGUGCAUGUAUUUAGCGACGUUUCCUAAACGCAGUGAUCAUUUAGAAUAUUUAGAGCACACAGUAUUUCAGGUGUAUGAUUUGGUCAUGAAAGGGAGAUGUUUUCUUCUUUUUUUGUUGUUUUUUUGUUGCUAAAUGUAUGUUUGAUCUGUUUUGCAUAUAUCAGCUGCUUGUGAUUUAUUUUUCUUUAUCUUGAAUGAGUCCACUUUCAGUGAAUGUUGUUUUCUUUCGUUGAACCUGCAAUGCAUUUUUAUAAACAACUGAAACUAGUGUUGUUCAAGUUUUUGUCUGUAUUGUUUUGUAAUUUUUUCUUUUUUUGAAUUUAGUCAUUGGAUGAAUGUAUUUUAUUUUUAUUUAUUUUUUAUUUUGAGAAAUGUACCCUUUGGAGAUGUUGUACACUUGUUUGUUUUCUCUCAUUCAUGCUGUAUCAGUGUUUCUCAGAAUUCCAUCCUGUCGUCUGAAUUCUCCGAUCACAAAGGGGUAUUCCGAGAAUGUGAAGACUUUUUCUCUCUUCUUUUCGCGUUAUAGCCAUCACUCAUUUACUUGCAUUUACAGCAUUGCCUAUAUAGAAAGACGCGUUGUUCGUGCGAUGGCGCUGUAAUCGAACGUGCCCGCCGUGACUCGAGGCACGUAUUUAUAUUAUCGACACUUGAAUUGUAUCAUGCCUAACUGUGACAAAAACAGAAUUACCUGGGGGUAAACUGCUAUUCCUGAGCCUACAAAGAAAAAGGGAUAGAUAUAACUGACUGUAUCUAUCACACUUACAAAAUUUUUCUUUUCAGUGCAUACUUACGAAUGUUUUAGCAUAAUUUAAAGCUUUGCGUUGUUUGUACUAGGCUACACAUUGAUAUAUUGUAGAGAUUAUACAGUACCAUGAGUAAUAGUGCACUAUUCACCACGACGGCAUUUGUAUAUUAUUCUAAAUCACAUCUCAUUAAUGUGACUGUUGCAUGUUGCAAGUUCUGGAUUGUCCAUGUUGUAACACGGAACGGUGAUCGUGUCAAAACGAGUGUGAAGGUUGGUGUCGCUAGCUAGGUAUGACUUAAACCGAACCGCUAUCCCGCUUUCUCCACCAUGCACUCUGGGUACAGACAAUCUGCUCACUUGUAAAGCCAUGGCUUUUCGGGUCAUAAACAGUGCCAGUGCUCACAAACUUGUUGCUGCUGUUAUUUUUGAAGUGCUCAAGUAUAUUUUAGGAUCACAAAAAUACAGAUGUUGUUAAGUGGGCGUUUAUAUUUGUACGGUCAACCGUUUUUACAUGCAUGAAAACAUUUUUAGGGGAUUUGUCCCCUCGAGUACAGAACCAGCUUAGUAGUUUUACAAACUGUGACUAAAUACAAUGACGGCGGAUGUGAGAAACUGAGAAAGUAAUUCAAAAUGAUGUUUAGAGUCUGUGUCAGGCCUAGUAAGGCACAAUUUUAAAUCUAUAAGUAAAUAACUGUGCUAUAAUGUUUCUAUAUUUUUUUUGAAACGGGGAUACGAGGAUGUGGCGGGACAGUGUUAUUUUUCACUGGGAAUUAUAGGAAAUCGUGAGAUGAUGGGAUCUUGUUAACAAACAUUAUUAGCAGCUUCCAUAUCAGGCCUAUUUAACAGGCUGUAGAUUUUGCUUAAUGAUCUGUUGCUGUAAUUAAUACUCCAAUCACUCAAUCCAACCUCAUUGUCAUCUAUUAUAUUUCUGCUCCAUUAUGAAUGUAUAAAUUGUUCUGUGUGUGUGUGUUGUUGUUGUUGUUAACGUUGUUUUCUUUUCCUUUUUCCUUACUAUCCAUCCAUGCAUUUACUCAGUGGUUGUUAUUUAUCAACACUUAUCCAUCGCUCUGGUUUACGUUUCUUUUCUGAUAUUGUGUGCGCGUCUUCGCAGAUUUCUUUGAUGGCCUCCAUGACUGAGUUUUUGUAUUAUGUAUUUGUUGUAAGCAUAUAUAAAGCUUGUAUUUACUGAUGCCUUAUGGUCCAUGGCUUAGCGACUGGUACACAUCACAAGCUCUUUCUUUGCACUCAUCAUUUUAUGAAAAUAUAUGAAAAUAAAAAGGUGUUGAUUUUGGA